AAUUGGUCAAUUUUUCCGUUGAGUUAAUCAGUCGGUCAAGUUAAUCGGAGUUGGUGAAAGUGGUCCUGAAUAUCAAAAGGCGUGAAUGCCGGUCUAUAACUAUACGUAACAUGAACUAUAGAUUGCAGUACUGCAGUACUGCAAAGAUUAUCAGAAUGCCGCCCGAGUCGAGUCGGCAAAUCGGAAACGCCAUUAAUGGAACGACUGGAGGGAUGAUUUGAGCGUUGCGAGCGUGUAGUGGAACGCGCUCACUGAAGAUCGAAAGUUUCAGUGGAAACUGGACCAUUGGUGAACUUCGCGAGAAGUUGUUGCUAAAACAAAUUAUUGCGAAUUUAAGGUGUUGUUUGUAUACAAUUAUAGGCUGUAAAGAAGAACAAAAAAACAGGAAUAAAUCAAUAACAGGUUCAUAAAAGAAGUUUUCUGUUGAUCAGAAGGAAAGGCCGCGAAUUGAAAACUUCAAGUGGUCGGCGACGAUGGGUUCCGAUCACAGACGGUGGGGCAAUUUGCGGAAAGUACUCGAGAGAUCGGGCCCGUUUUGCCGGCCCGACUUCGAGCCUUGUUCCGAGAAUCUGCAGUUUCUUCUGGAGAACUGUAAGCUGCUUGUGAUCGGUGCUGGUGGUCUGGGAUGCGAGCUGCUGAAGAAUCUGGCUCUGAUGGGAUUCGGACAGAUCCAUGUGAUCGACAUGGACACGAUAGAACUGUCUAACCUCAAUCGGCAGUUUUUGUUCCGCCACAAAGAUAUCGGGUCUUACAAGGCUGAGGUGGCUGCGAGAUUCAUAAACAGCAGAAUCGCAGGUUGCAACGUGAUCCCGCACAACUGCGAGAUACAAGCCAAGGACGAGGAGUUCUACCGACAGUUCCACAUGAUAAUUUGUGGCUUAGACUCUAUAGUCGCGAGAAGAUGGAUCAAUGGCAUGCUAUUGUCGUUGCUUGUCUAUGAAAACGGUGAAUUAGACAAGAACAGUAUCAUACCAAUGAUCGACGGUGGGACCGAAGGUUUUAAGGGGAACGCUCGUGUUAUAUUACCUGGUAUCAGUCCGUGCAUCGAUUGCACAUUGGACCUGUAUCCUCCACAGGUCACAUAUCCUUUAUGUACGAUAGCCAAUACUCCACGCUUGCCGGAGCACUGUAUAGAAUACGUAAAGGUGAUGCAGUGGCCGAAGGAAAAUCCAUUCGACUGCGCGAUAGACGGGGAUGAUCCGCAGCAUAUCAACUGGAUUUAUGAGAAAUCGAACGAAAGGGCGGCGCAAUUCGGAAUUCAGGGCUUGACGUACAGGCUCGUGCAGGGUGUUGUGAAGAACAUCAUACCGGCGGUAGCGUCGACGAACGCCGUUAUCGCCGCGAUCUGUGCGACGGAAGCGUUCAAGCUCGCGAGCAGCUGUAGCGCGUCCUUGAACAACUACAUGGUGUUAAAUAAUUUGGACGGAGUCUACACGUACACUUACGAGGCGGAGAGGAAGGAGGACUGCCUGGCGUGCAGUCAAGUGCCGAUAGUGAUCGAGAUCAAAGACCCGAAGUAUAAACUGCAGGAUCUGAUAGAGCUUCUUUGCAAUCGGCCGGACCUGCAGAUGAAGAAUCCCGGCCUCACCGCGAACGUAAACGGCAAAAACAAGACUCUGUACAUGCAGACGGUGUCCAGCAUAGAGAAGAGAACCCGCGAGAACCUGUCCAAGUCGCUGAUCGAUCUAGGCUUGAGAGACGGUAGCGAGAUAAACGUCGCCGACGUCACGACUCCGAAUACAAUGGUGGUGAAAUUAAAAUUGCCACAGGACGACCAGGAGAUGCUGUAACUACGACGGAGGAUCAUCGUUUAACUGUCUCGCUCCUUCGGCGCGAAUGUAUCGUUGAUCGGAACGAAUAGAAAGAGAUGUAGAUGCAAUAAGAUAGAAGUGAAGAAUCGCUUGCAGAAUUGCAUAUUGUUUUCUGCAGCACGUUCGCGCGCGUGAAAUAAUCGUCAUCACUUGCAUUUGUUCGAUCAUUAUUAGCCCCCUCCCCCCCUCUCUCCUCAAUGGUUCUCAAAAACGUAAAAAGAAAUUCGUGAAAAAGAAGUGAGAAACUGAAAAAAAGUGGACUGAUUUGUAAGUGAACAAUGAAGCACAUUCAACGCUUCAACAAUAAAGACACCACUGUAAAUACUA